AUGAGAGGAUCUACUCGCCAACAACGUAUUAAGAAAUCAGUUGGAAGGACCUGUAGAAAUGUCAAGGUUAACUUGUCAUCGUCAUUGGCUGCUAGCCAUGAAGCUGAAGUUGUGGGUGAUCAGUUGGAUGAGAACUUAAGAAUGAAAAACUUUCACAAUGCAUGGGUGAAAAUUGAAUCGACCAUUAAGGAUGUUUUGCACAACAUCAAUGCUGAUGUUUUCAAUGAGAUAGAUGGCUGGGUCCACAGAUCAUUUGGUGCAAUUUGUUCAAGUGGCAAGCCUGAUACCAACAAAGCCACUUGUUCAUACCCCAUUGUAACCGAUGUUACAGCUAAGCAAAUUUUCACUGCCUUAGUGGUAAUGAACAACAUGGAAUUUGUUGAUGAUCUUCAGACAUUUGCGGAUCUUGGUAUACACUUGCAAUCUCAUGGUUGCCAUGUGGCUAACCUCUCGUCAGUGGAUUUCUCAGCCAAGAAUGGAAUAGGUGGUUGUUUGAAAAGUUUGUCAAGGCAGAUUUUGAAGGGUAGCAUUGAUGCAGCCGACAUAUCUAUCUUAGCAUCUUGGUACAUGGAGCAAGAGAAUUCUAAGCGGCCAGUGGUUGUUAUUGUUGAAGACAUGGAUAGGUGCAGUGGACCUGUACUUUCUGAUUUCAUACUCAUGUUGAGUGAAUGGGUGAUUAAGAUCCCAGUCCUUUUGAUACUGGGAGUUGCAACGACGCUUGAUGCCCCCAAAAGCAUACUUUCUUCCAAGGCAGUUCAACACCUGUCUCCUUUCAAGUUCUUUUUGGGAUCUCCAGCUGAUAGACUGGAUGCUAUCAUUGAAGCGGUUCUUGUGAAACCUUGCUCUGGAUUUUUACUUGGUCACAAGGUUGCAGCUUUCAUAAGAAAUUGCUUCUUGAGACAGGAUGGAACCUUGACUUCUUUAGUUAGAGCUGUAAAGAUGGCAAUUGUCCAACAUUUUCUUAUGGAGCCUUUAAGCUUCAUAGUGAAAGGCUUACUUGAUGAAGAGGUCACACAGAGUGGGGAACCAACAUCUUUGUCAGAGGCAUGGCCCAAGCAAGCUCUUGAUCUUCCAUCUUGUAUGAGGAUACUUUCUGAACCAAAAACUGAAGCUUUGUUAGGUGGAGCUUCAAAAAUGAAGGAAUUGCUGAAUUUGUGGAGCUGUGUGGUUUUGUGCUUGUAUGAUGCUGGAAAGAACCAGAAAACCACCCUCUUAGACUUGUAUUACGAGGCUUUGGAUCCAAAGCUUUACAACUUGAGGCAUACUGAAUACUUGGAGUCACAACCCGAUUCUCAGAGGCCUUCAUCUACUCAUGGUUUGCAUGGACAAUCAUUUAGAAACAAGGGCAGUUUAAUUGGCCACACGGUCCGCCAGGUAAGGGACCUGCCACCGGCUGCUUUAUUUCAGUUGCUUGAGAAGUGGGUUAAACAAACUGAUGGUGUCAAGGAGAUGCAUGAGAAAGUAAAGGAGCUUCAGUUGCAAGAGAAAUUUGAGGAUGAUAAUUUGAAAGAACCGGCAAACAGAUCCAGGAGACAAACAAUACGGAAUAAUGGAAAUCUGGAUAAACGUACCAAAGAAUUAAAUCAGAAAGCUGCUGCACUGAUUAGUUGCAUGGCAAGGGACCAUAUGCAGCCCAUUGAGUGCAUUCCUUUCCAUGAAAUAGUCUGCUUCAAGAAUGUUGACAAACUGCAAGCUGCUUUAUUAGGAGAUCCUAGAAGAAGAAUCCAACUUGAUCUACUGGAGUGCCACAGCUUCCUGAAAUGUAGUUGCUGCAGCAAAAGUUGCAAUGUUCCAAUAUCAUCAAUGCAUGAUACAACACUAAUGUAUACCCUAGCGCAGGAACAUGGGGAUCUUAUCAAUCUCCAUGAUUGGUAUCAAUCUUUCAGAUCAAUCAUUUUUCAGCGACCUGUUAAAGAACGACAUAGGUCAAAGGUUUCACCAUCACCUAAGAAAAGAAAGACUACCACUGAACCUCAGAAUAUAACCGAAGCAUCAGUACAAGCACGCUUUUGCAGGGCAGUAACGGAGCUCCAAAUAACAGGACUGCUUCGGAUGCCUAGCAAGAGGCGCCCUGAUUACGUGCAGAGAGUGGCCUUUGGACUCUAACCCAAUGAAGUGAAUACCUGAAUUUAAGUGUAGUUUGUUUGUUCAGGAUUAUUACUUCUACAUGAUGGUAACAUUCUUUUGAUUCAGGUAGAUGCCAUACAUUCAACAGCCAAGUUCAAGAAAAGAGGGGUGUAAUCUUUGGUUAAAUCUAGCUUCCCCAAGGACACAAGCAUUGGGGUCUUGUGAUGUUUGAAGUGGAAAAGGGAUGCCAAAAUAUGUUCAAGUGUAGUAUUAGUUACUAAUACCAAUAGUGAAGUAAUUUAUAUAUCAAACUUAAGGGGUUGUUUAUUACAUGUGUAUCUGUAUUUUAUCAUGUAAGAGGCAUUUACCUGAUCUAAGAUGUUUAUUAAACAGUUUUGUUGAUUGAGAUGUA